CCGAAAUGGAUAACAUAUUGGCAUGUGCGAAAGAUUUGGAAUGUAGGAAUUUAACUGCAAAUCCACAUAAAGUUUUAAGAGAAGGUGCAAUCUGAAAUGUUGUACUAGAGAAAGUGAAGCUGCUACAGAAUUUGACCACCACGGGGAUUCGAAAUCCCAUGGGCAAUGCAUACAUGGCCAGACCCCGCCCGCUGACCCGAAUGGGGAAAUUCAGGGGCCAGCACUCCCGCUCACUGGACACCGCCACCUCACUCCGGCUCGCUGCCCCUCUCCAGUCAUGCGGCCGCGCCGGCGACCUCCGCCUCGGCCGCUGCCUCCACGCGCGCCUCGUGCUCUCCGGCGCGGCCGCCGCGUCCACCUUCCUUGCCAACCACCUCAUCACCAUGUACUCCCACUGCGCCGACGUCCCCUCCGCUGUCCGCCUCUUCGACGCCAUGCCCCGCCCCAACCUCGUCUCCUGGACCACCCUCGUCUCCGGCCUCACGCAGAACUCCAUGCACCGCGAUGCGCUCGCCGCCUUCUCUUCCAUGUGCCGCGCGGGCCUCGUGCCCACGCAAUUCGCGCUCUCCAGCGCUGCGCGCGCCGCGGCCGCCCUCGCCGCACGGCACGCCGGGGCGCAGCUGCACUGCGUCGGCGUCAGGCUCGGAUUCGACGCCGAGCUCUUCGUCGCGAGCAACCUUGCGGAUAUGUAUUCCAAGUCCGGGCUGUUGGUCGAAGCGUGCAGGGUGUUUGACCAAAUGCCACAAAAGGAUGCUGUUGCAUGGACGGCCAUGAUCGAUGGGUACGCCAAGAAUGGGAACCUUGAGGCGGCCGUUAUAGCUUUCCGGGAUAUGAGACGUGAGGGACUGGUUGGAGCUGACCAGCAUGUCCUAUGUAGUGUUUUGAGUGCGUCGGGAGGGCUCAAGGAUGGAUGGCUUGCCCGAGCCAUCCACUCUUGUGUAAUGAAGUCAGGGUUUGAACAGGAGGUUGCGGUGAGGAAUGCGCUCACUGACAUGUAUGCUAAGGCUGCUGAUAUGGACAAUGCUGCUCGUGUGGUGAAGAUUGACCAAGGAAGUUUGAACGUUGUGUCAGCUACCUCGCUGAUCGAUGGCUACAUCGAGACUGACUGUAUUGAGAAGGCCCUUCUAAUGUUUAUUGAACUGCGGAGGCAAGGAGUCGAACCCAAUGAAUUUACUUUCUCGAGCAUGAUCAAGGGCUGUGCUAUGCAGGCUCUGCUUGAACAAGGUGCCCAGCUGCAUGCUGAAGUGAUCAAAACAAGUUUGAUCAGUGACUCCUUUGUCAGUUCCACUCUUUUGGAUAUGUACGGAAAAUGUGGCCUCAUAAGUUUGUCCAUUCAGUUAUUUAAGGAGAUUGAAUACCAUACUGAUAUUGCUUGGAAUGCGGCAAUCAAUGUAUUAGCACAACAUGGUCAUGGUAGGGAAGCAAUCCGAGCUUUCGAUAGGAUGACCUCAAGUGGUAUCAGGCCAAAUCACAUUACGUUUGUCAGCCUGCUUACAGCAUGUAGUCAUGCUGGGUUAGUGGACGAAGGACUGAAAUAUUUUUAUUCCAUGAAGGAUCACCAUGGUAUUGAGCCUAAAGGGGAGCACUAUUCUUGUAUUAUUGAUAUGUAUGGACGAGCUGGGAGAUUAGACGAAGCAGAAAAAUUUAUAGGUGAGAUGCCUGUUAAGCCCAAUGCCUAUGGAUGGUGCUCCUUGCUUGGAGCUUGCCGGAUGCGAGGAAACAAGGAGCUGGGGGAGAUUGCGGCAGAUAACAUGAUGAAGCUUGAGCCAGAUAACACUGGUGUUCAUGUGUCUCUUUCUGGGAUCUAUGCAUCAUUGGGCCAAUGGGAGGAUGUGAAGGCAGUCAGGAAGUUGAUGAGGGAUAACAGGAUUAAGAAGCUGCCUGGUUUUAGCUGGGUUGAUUCUAACAAGAAAACUCAUGUGUUUGGUUCAGAAGAUUGGUCACACCCACAGCAGGAGAAGAUAUAUGAAAAGCUCGAGGAACUCUAUGAGAGGAUAAAGGAGGAAGGUUAUGUCCCGGACACACGCUUCUUGCCAUGUAACCUAGAAGACACUGCAAAGCAGAGGAUUCUGCGUUAUCACAGUGAGCGGAUUGCCGUAGCUUUUGCUUUGAUAAGCAUGCCUGCUACAAAACCAAUCAUCGUGAAGAAGAAUUUGCGUAUCUGUGCAGACUGCCAUUCUGCACUGAAGUUCAUUUCUAAGGUAGAAAACAGAGAUAUUAUUGUUAGAGAUAACUCCAGGUUCCACCAUUUUGUGAAAGGGGGGUGUUCCUGUGGAGAUUACUGUCAGUACCAAUGUGGGUGCUGCAAUUAUUCCUUAGGAAUGGAACAGAGAGUUGUGACUUACUGCUCUUACGAUCAGAGGCAGAAGAAUCAACUAACCAAUACUCAUAGAAAUAAUGCAGCAUCACUGAAUUAGUACAGUAUACAUUUUUGUGCAAAGAAACGUUACAAUAUGAUGUAGAGUCAUCAUCACAUUGUCAACUGAAAGCUUGACUUUUUGGAACUACUGUUUUUCUUUUGUCUUUUGGCAGGGAUACUAUGUGAGGUCAAUGACCCUGCAAAGCGCAUUGCUGUUUGCCUAUGAGUAGGUAUAUUAGUUUUUUUUUCUACCUUUCUUGUUAGCAAUUGCAUGGCCUUUUCACCACAAUAUGGAAUCCUGGUCACUCUCAGGUGAAUUGUGAAUACGUCAUAUUUGUGAGAUGUUAUUGUAAGGGAUAGUGGACACAAGUUAUUAUUUCUUGAAACUGGUUUCCUUUCUUUUGGGUGGGGAACACAGUAUUGGUUGGUACUUGUUGACGCGGUAUCAUGCUACCACUUGGAUAUGUAACUUUAACAAAGUUCUGCAUAACCUUCAUGACCUGGAUAUAGUUCUCUUCAAACUUCCUUUUGUUGUAAGAAAUGGUCCCUGCUUCUAUCCAUUAUAAUAAGGUGGCAUAGCUUAAGAAUUAAGAAGUGGCUUUCUUUGAUAGAAUAAUGUAGCAUGAUUAAGUCAGCACUUUCACCUACAGAGUCAUCAUCUGGUCACUAUUUAUAUAUGCAAUGCUUUAUUUACUUGAGCAGGAAGGUUGUCUUUGAUAUAACACUAUGCGACUGUAAUUUCAAUUGCUGGCACCUUGAAUUUUUUUCGAACGUACUAAAUUUGCCACAUAUUCAAGUUAUAUUAGCCUAUCUUUGAUCUGAAGUAGCACCUUUUCUUUUCUUAGUGGGAAUCAAUCAACACAAGGUUCUUCUUUCCUUGUGUAAUUGUGUCAACUGUCAUUCUGUCAUAUAUCAACUAGCAUCCAAGUACAACUGAAUUUGCAACCAUAUCCUACUACUUCUCUGCUGCCAUUUUGCAAAACCCUACCAUUCUGGUUCCUAUAAACACACAAAUUAGUGUACAUUUGCUCUGCAGCCAUUUUGCAACGAUGUUCAACUAUAGUGGAACGUAUGUGUUGGUGAUUAUCUCCUAACUCCUUAUCAAUUAUAUAAAUAAGUCUGGAUUCCCUUGUCCAUGUUGUUAAUGAUUUUAUAUUAUUCGGUUUUGAUAUAGGGAGUGCCUAUGACUGCAAUUAUUACAAUGUUUACUGCCUAAUAUGAUAAUAUCCAUACCUAUUGGCCUCAUGGUAAUACAAAUUGCUCCGUAAGACCAUAACGCCCAUCAAUGUACUAAAACAUUACGAGAAUUAACAGGCACCUGAAAUGGUUUCAAAUUUGAAAUAUACAAAAUAAUUAAAUAAAAUAUAACCAAGCCAUCCAUCCAUAAGACAUGAUAAUAUACUUCCAUUUUAACAUAAUCCAUACGUUAACUUCGUGCCAGAGUUCAAGCAUAUCAUCGAAACUAGUCUCAUCUAGAGCUGUCACUUCAUUGAAGUAGAAAACCUGUUGAACAUAUAUUCUCCUUUAAUGAAAAAACAUUAGGCAAGGCCUUCAAUAUAAUCAUUUUUUUGCUGUUAUAUCUGGUUUAGAUGAAUUUUCUUUUCCAGAACUGAACCUGGCUAUAACCACUUGGCAAGCAAUUUUCUUCAUAUUAGUUAGUAAUCACCUCAGGCGUAAUUGUAAAGUAUUAUAUUUUCGCCCGCCAGUCAUAACCUCUGAGAAUAUUGUCAAGAAAAAUGCUUUUCGUCUCAGUAUGAUUGUUCAAAUUCUAUUUGUCCAAUGUACAUAUGCAUUUCAACAUGGUACACAGUAUGUUUGGGAUUACAAACUAGGUGUGUCAUCUCAACUCGGAAAUUACAUGCUGAAGAUAUUUGAAUGAUUUUGUGUAACUGAUGAAA